CCGCCGUCUCUCUCGCUCUCCACUUCGUCCCAAAUCCUUAAUUACACUCUCGUUACCUUUUCCCCUUGUACCUCGAACCCUAGAUUGGACCUCCUCCCGAAGCAGCAGCAGCAGUCGCCGUUCCCCUAGAUUGGACCUCUCGACGACUGUCUCGUUGUCCGCAACGACGACCUGCUCGUCAUGUUUGCCGUCGAUAAUUUAGAGCUCAAGGCGCAGCGGGAGCAGAAGGAGGCGGAAGGCCGGAAGACCGCGUCGCAGGAGGAAGCCGUGAAAAAGGCGGCACCAUCGGGGACAAAGGAAAAAUUGCGCUUCUGUACCCCCAGCGCUCCUCUUCCACGACCGCAGGACAAGCCAUUCGAGCAUGCCUUGCUUGAGAAGAGCCCUCAUGCUGGUGCGCCUGCCCGUCCCACACACCCACUGGAAAAACUCCCUGUGGAGCAACUAUUUGACAGGCGUGUUCUUGAAAGUCUGCCAUUCCAUAGGCUAAAAGCACAUGAAUUGAGCGCAAGGCAGCUGUCAGUUCUUGCUGGUCUGUACCAAUGGAGAGAUAGUGUCGCUCGUGCUGAGGAUGAGUGCACUUCUUAUAUAUUACCCGACAAGACUCUACUUGAGAUAGCAAAGCAGACUCCUGUGACCGCUAGGAGGUUAAGAAGAACAGUGGUAUCAGAAAAUAAAUUUCUUGAGCACCACCUCGGCCAUGUCAUUACUAUCGUCAGGAAUGCUGUUGCAAAUUCUGAUGCUUUUGAAAAUAUAGCUCAGCAACUACAGAACAAAAGGCUGGAAGAGGGACACGUAUCAAAAGCCCCCUUCUUUACUCUUAUAGUUGAUGGAUCUUUAGAUUAUUCAGCUAUAUGCGGUACUCUCAAGAAGGUUCUGAAAUGGAUGGGAUUUGAUCAGCUCACUGUGCUUAUCAUGUAUAAAAUUAUACCACUUAUUGAAAGUUGUUCUGAAGAACUUUGGCCAGAGUUGGUUGAUGAUAUUCUAGAUCCGAUCUUCAGCUACUUUCGCACCAAUCUUCAUAAGUCAUGGCGCCUAUUUUUGCACAACGGUUCAGUGCAAAUUCCUGAUAAAACUCCUGACAUUUCCUUGUCAAAAGAAGGUGCUUAUAAAUUUGGAUCGAGUCUUAUUAUCCAAUUGACCCGUGCAGCAUCAGAAUUGCUUGCUGUAAUAGCAUCUCCAAAGUCAAAUGGAUGUUCAGAGUUAGUUUGUUCAAGGUCUCUUGUUGGGUAUGUUCUAUGCCGUAGUGUCCCUAGGCUUCCAGUACUGAGUUUAAUCUACUACAUGUUUGGAGAAUGGAAGGAUGAUGAAGCAAAGAUGACGUCAGUUUCAUUUUGUUAUGAAGUCAUACAAGUUGCUACUGCUGCACAUCUUGAUGAUGCGUUAUCUUUUAUCAAAGAUGAUGUGAUUCCUCUUCUCAUUCGGUGUUUAGCUUUCAAGUCAAGUUUGAAAAGCACUCAACUUGAUGUUCUUAAAGAGCUUUGUCGUGAGGCAUUUUGUUGUGUUCAAAAUCCAAGUCAGGGUUUAAUGAGUGAAGAAAAACACAAUGAAACCAUUGACAAAGUCUUUGAAAGUUGGUUGACAGAGCAAAUUUCUCAUUGUACAAACGCACCAUCGCAUGAAGUCUCGAUUUGGAAGGUUGAAGAAGAGUUUAGGGAAUAUAUUGCAGCUUAUGUCGACAUGUUGCAUCAAGUGAAUGAAAUGGAGGACUGCCUGGAGUGUGAUUAUUCUUCUCCGUUGGAUCUCUUUGAUAAAUUAAAACCUGAUUUUAAAUCCAAAUAUGGUAUUGAUAGCGCCGCUCAUGAUUACGUCUGGACCAUGUUAGAUAUUUUGUCGCGGAAAAUGUCUGUAAAGCAUUGGCAGAGACGGAAUGAACAAAUGUUUCAAUUUUUUUGUGGACUCUUCGAUUUUAAACCUUAUCUUCAGCAUUCAAGUUAUGACGACAGUAUGGUGGAACAUGUGAGAAAUUUAGAGGGAUAUCCUGGUCUUGCUGAUUUUCUUAGGGUAUCUGCUCUUGAGGAGUUCUGUGAAAUGUUGCUGUUGUGGGAGCCUCAGUUCCAUCCUAUGAUCCGUAAGGGCCACGAACAUGUGCUUAGGGAAAUACUUCAUCAUUCGACUUAUCUGGAAAAGAUAACUUAUCUGCAGCCAUUGCAACCAGAUAUAGGAGAUUUUCCGGUGCAUUUGGUAACUUACGCAAGAAAUUAUAUUGACAACAUGAACAAAACGUAUCAUGUUGCAAAAGAACAAGCAAGAUUGCAUGAAAAGUUUGAUGCACAUUUGGCUUCAGGUGCGUUAGAUCAGCAUAUCUACAAGGAUGAUGCACUGAAUGCUGUUCUUGAUGAUAAUCUCUUACCCACACAAUUUUCAGUUCUGGAUCAUGAUCUCAUUAAGUUGUCUUUUAAGCGAAGAGCUAAAUUUAUGGACAUGCAAUAUCAACUAAAUUCAUAUUACAAAUGUGUUCAAGAUGCUAUUAAUGACGAGCAGCUGAGAGUUGGACUUCAAAGUUUGAUUGUUGAGCUGGGCGAUAAAGGUUUUUUUUGCAUUGCCGAUGAUGCUACCGAUUCGGACAAUGAAUCUCACUUUUCAGAACUUGUGGCUGCAUUCAAGAAGCAAGUUUUCACAUCGUUUCAGCUUCCAGACUAUUAUGUUAUUCGUGGAAUUAUGGAUUAUCGAGCAAUGUCACUUAUGAUUAGCUCAUGCAGCUCAUGGCUCGAUGCUUUUGAAGAGGUUGUCGGUGAUGCUUAUCGUAGGUGGAUGCUUAAAAGUCACCUGUUUUGGAUGGACACAAGAUACUAUAAGCACCACUACUAUGAUGUCAUUCAACAACCAUUCGAAAAGAUAUGGAAGAAGGAUCAUAAAAAAAAAGACAUGGAAGAAGGAAUAACAGAUUCAACCAUGGAGUAGAUUGGAUGGACUAGGGUUGACAGUAUGCUGCUACAUUAUCGUAGUUAGAUUGAAGUGGCCUCUUUCCUUUAGGCAAGAAAACU